AUGCAUCGUUUCAAUGUGAUUCGAGGCUUAUCAAAUCUUGCACCAAAUCAACUGAACAUUCAACCGGCUAUUAAGAGAAGUCCGACCGCUCUACUUGAAGCAUUGGCGUCGACGGUUGGCACUGAUCCGACGGCUCCACACUUCUCAUUUAUCGAUGAUCCGGCAAUGAUUCCAACAACACCUGGACAAAAGAGGAAUUACUAUUUGGCAAAGGAACUAGGUCGUCGUGCUGCGCGUCAACUUGCCGAGGAAUGGCCAACUUUGUUCGCCUUUGAUCGUGAAUUUCCACGGAUGAAUGCUUUUCGACCACAAAAGGAACUUGAUCCGGCUUUGAUGGAUCCAAAUGAGCAGAAUCUUUGGAUGUUAAUUGAGAAGCGACAAGUGAAAGACGCGACCAUCUUGUACGAGAAAAUCCGCGAGAAAGAUAUUAAUGUUUCUGAAGGUGUUAAGAAAGAUCUCUUCUUUCUCUUGGCGUAUUAUGGUGGAGAAAAUGUGCCGUUCUACGAGGAAUUGGAGUGGCACGGGCUGAGAACCUUUGGAGAAGCCGAUCCACCAAAAUGGAAGGACGAUGUGAUUUCUUUGCUUUAUGAAUCAAUUGAACAAACUCCUGAGGUCAAAUCGGCAAUGAUUUGUGGGAUUAUUAAGCACACUCAAAGUACGGAGAAAGCAAAUCAACUAUUCCAGGAAAUUCUUUCAUCUGGUGCCACUCCUUGUGUUGAAGCUUUCAAUGCUGUGAUGGGAAAAUCUCAAUUUUCGCUGUCUCUCAAAUUACUCCAAAAGAUGAAUCAGCUAUCAAUAAAACCAAAUGUGAACACAUUCAAUGCUUUACUGGAGAGCAACAUGACGGCACCGUUAGAUAAACGCCAAAAAACGGCAAUGAAAAUUCUUGGAGAGAUGAAACUUUUAAAGAUUCAUCCCACUUUGUUAACCUACAAUCAUUUGUUGAAUGGAAUUGUAAAAAUUCGAACAAAAGAUGCGGAUAACAAAGAUUUCAAGCCUAAGGAAGAUGAUUUAAAGCUUGCAAUCACCGUUUUGAAUGAAAUAAUGACUCGGAUUGCUGGUGAAACGUAUGAGUCAAACACCCUCAACGAUCAUCACUUUUUUCUCACGGCCAUGUCAAUAUGUCUGAUGACGAAAAAUGUGGAGAUUGCGCAGAAAGUUGUACAAUUCUAUGAAUCACCAAAUAACAAAGUGAAAGCCCCGGAGUUCACUUUUGAGAACAGUUUCUACAACAAAUACCUACAGCUCUUCAUUGACACAACUGGGGAUUUAAAGGAAAUUGAGAGGGUCUACAAGGAAUAUGUUCCAAAUCGUGUUGGUGUUUCUCGUUUCCUCAUCAUCAGGCUCAUCAAUCGUCUACGGAACUCAGACAAUUGGUCAUUUAUUAAACGCUUGACGGAAGACGGAAUUUGUGCUCAAAUGUUGACCGAUGCUCGUGUCUCAUCUGAUCUCCGUCUCCUACUCAAAGGGAUCAACUAUUCGGCUUUGAGUCCCACUGAACGUGAAGAAUAUUCACAAGUUGUGCAUAGAAUUGUCAACGCCCUCGUCGAAUACAGUGAAUUCAAUAAGAAGGACCGAAAUCGUCUACAGCAAAAACUCUACCCGAGCACAAUAAUUGAAUGCGCAUGUCUUUUGACAAAGAUUGGAGAGGAAAACAAGGCGAUUGACUUGUUGCGGAUGUUGGUUGAAGAGGAGGAUGUUAAAGAGAACGAAGUGCCAAAGGUUGUUCAAGAAGGUCAACUGAAGAUCGGCCUCAUUCAAGAGCUCUUCGAUCACGCACUUCGACAGAAGAACACCGAUUUUGCUGCUUUCAUUUUUGAGAUAAUGUCCCGUGAUUUGCCUCGAGCUCAACUCAAACUGCAAGCCCAGCGAAUGACGGAGAGAUGUCGACUGAACGGGGAACAAACGAGGAUUCUGGAGGGAUUCGUACGUCUUCGACCCGAA